CACAUAAGUGUUGCCAUUACACCAUUUUCCAAUCGUUUCUUCGUCAUCGUGUCCUCCUACGGCAAAAUCGGAAACCUUCUCGAUAUAUCAAGGGAAUCAGUCCCAUAUGAAGCGUCAUUUGGAGUUUCUGCUGGACGUGCCGAUAACGACGACGUAAUUUCAGUGAACCGACUUCUAGGGGCGGAAGAUGAAGGUGUCGAAACGGCGGGUCGCUACCUAGCUGAGAAGAUUAUGGUGAAAAGUAAUGGAAGAGUUAAUUCAGUCCUUCUUGGAAUUAGUCUCACAAACUAUGAGAAAGUUAUUGUUAAGGAACUCACCGAGAAGAUCUUAGCUAUGCUGUGAAUUCGCCGUUAAGAAUUAAAGUCGUGAAACCAAGCUUCUUUAAGCCAUUUCGCAGAUGACAAUGGGUCCACCCAGCCAAGAAAAAGCUGAUUCACAUUCGGCGGCUUUGGCUUCUGCCAAACUUUCGGAUCAAACGUCAACAUCAAAUUGUCAGCGCAGGUCGCAGCGCAGAUCGACAGCUGUCUAUGAGUGCAUUUUUUGCUCGAUCACUUUCACAAACCGAAACGAACUCGAAACUCACCUUACGUCUCACGUGGAUUGCUCCCCUGAGACGGAAUCCGAAAAGGUUCAAGAUGAUGCAGUACGACAGGAGGCACUCUCUUGUCCAGUCUGUAAUGAUUUUACAACAUGGAGGCAGGACGAACUGCAGCAACACUUCGAUAAUCAUAUAAUGGGCUACAAAUGUGUGUUUUGCGAUUUUACGACUCUGAGGAAAACUCGUCUACGCAGCCACUUACCUCAACACGCGUUCGAAAGGAACUUCAAGUGUGAACUAUGCGGAAUGGGCUUUUAUAAAAAUGACCUACUUAGUAGACAUAAAAAAACGCAUGGACCAAAGAACUUUGCGUGUACACAAUGCGAUCACACAACGUAUUCCCAACGUAUGCUCAACGAUCAUCGUAUACUCAAACAUUCAUCGGAUAAAGUCCACAAAUGCAAGGAGUGUGGUCAACAUUUUAGACAUUCGGCAGAUCUCAGCAUUCACCGAAGAAGGAUCCACAACUUGCAAAACACAAAGUUUGGCAAGAGCGACAUCAAGCGUUGUCCUGAUUGCACGUUUGAGACUAAACGAAGACCCGAGUUUAUUUUGCAUCGCUACGAGGUUCACGAGUCGUUUCCUAUGAUACGUUCGGAUUCGAUGGAACUGCAGUGCGCGAUGGAAGGUUGUACGUUUUCUAUUGACUCCGAACUAAAGUUCGUCACACAUAUUCAAGCAAAACAUAGAGCUGCAACAACGUCGAGCAGUGAAAAAGAUCAACAACAGUGCUUGUCAUGUCGGCUGUGCAGAAAGAAGGAGACCUGUACACACACGAGCAGUGGACGACCUCGCGGCUCAAAAUCAGCGAAGAAGAAGAAACUGAAUACCACUGCUGGCACCAGCAAUAACAAUAAAAAUACUAGUGACUGUAACACCGAUGUCGCUAUAGUUGGCUGGGAUUCAGCUCCAAUCAGUUGUAACAAGGACAAAGCCAAGGAAACUGCUGAAGACAGCAUAAAGGAUUUCCCUACUUCCCAGAAAGAAGCGGACCCGAGGCCCGGUUCUGCCCAACAGCAUACACAGCGACAACCAGUCGAACAGGUCGGCAUUAUGCCAAUUUCACCUUACGUCGUUCCAGAAUCGACAGGAAGCACCGAAUUAUCUUAAAACUGCUUAAAAGUAGUGGUUUACGAAUCCUUUUACGCAAAAUUUUUGGAUGAAAUUAAGUGCAUCAAAUUUCGUAUGGUGCAAUUUUUAAACGCUCGCUGGUUUGAAUCUAUCAACGCGCAUCUGUGCACAGCAUGUGUCAAUAGCGUACGAUAUUUAAAAAGAUAGGAUAGAUCAAUAAGAUUAUUAUAACAGAACGCGUUUUGUACCUGAAACUUGCUCGAUAAUACCUAUUAUUAAUAAAUAUCGUAGUAUAAAAAACAUAUUGAAGAAUCAUCACAAUCAAAAGGCCAAUCAAUAUUUCGUAUUCUUGCAGGAAAUCGCUUCACUUGUGAAUGACUGCCUUUAGCAGGCAACAGGUAAUGCUAAUUCAAAAGACAAACAAUCUACUAUAACAAUUAUGUCCAGGUUCUCAUUAAUUCCUAUGCCGCGACGACAACUACAGUCACUUCUGUGUGGUUAAUAUUACUCACAUCGUUGGUCUGUGUGUAGUAGAUGCUAGAUUCAGAUGUGCCGCGGCAGAUGAUCAAAUCUGUUAUAGUUCUUGUCAAAAGAAGCUUACUAGAUCAGAUAUUUUGCACAGGUCCAAAAGAUAACUCAACCAGUGCUCUCAGGCCUGAAUGUCUAGCUCAAUUAAUGGCCUUAUGGCUGUAUUUUGGGUUUUGCGCAGUAUUUACGACCGAUGCAAGACGGUCUAAGCACCUGUUAGAGUGUCUUGAGAGUGUUACAUUAAAAUACACGAGACUUUUAUUGUAAGAAACAAGCGGUACGUUGCAUCCACCAGAUGAUUAAAAUAACUAUGGUAAAUUCACUAUGCGGAGCAAAAGAUGUCUGUAAACGUCAAUAUCGUGUUGUUUAAUUCUUAACUUUUACUAACUAAAGCAAACCGAAUGUACAUCUUUCGUCAUACGCACAAUAUCCUGAAAAUAAAUAUUGUUUGUUAGCGCCUUUGUAAAUACUUUUUCGUGCAUUGAGAUGACAAGAAGAUUAGGUUAGCUUAGAACCAUAUUCACUUGAUCUUAGAGUCCACUGAUAUACAUGCCUCUUUAUAUUGUAAUACAUAAAAUUUGUCACGAAUACAAAAGUAUCAAUCAUCAAAGAUGUCGAUUUUAGAGCGAUUAAUAUGGCAAAUACAAUGCUCUUU